CUGAGCCUCCCGCCCGCCGCCUCAUGGCUGCAUCGGAAGAAGGGCCCGGCUGCUUUCUCCCGCGAGGCAGAUCGCAGAGCGACCCCAGCAUCCUCACCGAGCCCGCGGGCCCCGGGGCCGGGGAGCACGCAGAUGAGAUGGAGCAGUCUCCUGCAGUGCGUUCUGACUACUUGGUCUCAGGGAUUAGAACUCCGCCAGUGAGGAGAAACAGCAAACUGGCAACACUGGGCAGGAUCUUCAAACCAUGGAAGUGGCGGAAAAAGAAAAAUGAGAAGUUAAAGCAGACCUCUGCAGUGCUGGAGAAGAAGAUGACAGCACGACAAGGUCGGGAUGAACUCAUUAAGAAAGGCCUUCUGGAAAUGAUGGAACAGGAUACUGAAGGAAAAGCCUGCACUGGUGACGAUGCCACAAGAGCAACACAGAGUGACACUCCAGCUUGUGUGCCCGUGUGCCAGGCACUCGAUUCUGAAGACAUGCAGCAGGAGAGUACAACAGCAGCCACAACAAAUGUAACCUCACUUAGUGAAGAGCUGCAUUUGGAUGAACUGAAAGAAGAUGCAGCCAAGAAACCUUCAGCACCCAAGGAAGAAUUGGAAGAUGCCAGUCUGCCAGCAUCUGAAGACAGUCCACAAGCCUUACUUGUACCUGAAUCCACAGAUUCUCCCCAGAAACUGACAGAAGGAAAUCCAGCACAGCUUCCCAGCCCUCCAUUGCUCCCUGCUCCACCACCUAAGGCAAUCUCCAAAAUCACAAAGAGUGUAACAGCAGGAAGCGACACAGAUGACCCAGCCAUGAAGUCUCCUCCUUCCACUAUCCUGAAGAAUUAUGUAGUUGUUGGCUCCUCUCAAAUCUCAGGACAAGCUGCCCUCUUCCAUUCCUCUGGCCAGAAAAGCUCCGAGUCUCACGUCAGAGGACAGGUAACAACGCCGACUGGCUCCCCUCACCUGGCUGCUGUCCACCUGCCUUUACCUCCCAGCAGAGUCAUUGAAGAACUCCACAGGGCUCUGGCCACCAAACACCGGCAGGACAGCUUCCAUGGAAGAGAAAGCAAAGGCUCUCCAAAAAAAAGAGUGGAUGUCCGUCCAUCCAGAACGUCCAGCAUUGAGCGCAACAAAGAAAAGGAGAAUUCCCUGAAUUACAGCAGCGAUUCAGAAAAUAAGAGGAAUUCAGUUAAAGAGUCGGAUGAGAACAAAGAAAACAUGAUAAUGAACUCAGAGCUUAAGGAAGACUCCGUUUUUUAUCAGGAUGAGGAAGUUUUGAAUGACUCCAUUAUUUCUGGUACUUUGCCAAGAAAAUGUAAGAAAGAACUGCUGGCAGUAAAACUACGAAACAGACCAAGCAAACAGGAGCUGGAAGACAGGAAUAUUUUCCCAAGGAGGACAGAUGAGGAAAGACAGGAAAUCCGGCAGCAAAUUGAAAUGAAGCUCUCAAAGCGACUCAGCCAAAGACCUGCUGUUGAGGAGCUAGAAAGAAGAAAUAUACUUAAACAACGAAACGAUCAAACCGAACAGGAAGAAAGAAGGGAAAUCAAACAAAGGCUGACAAGAAAGCUUAACCAGAGACCUACAGUAGAUGAACUAAGAGACAGAAAGAUCCUGAUUCGAUUCAGUGAUUAUGUAGAAGUGGCAAAAGCACAGGACUAUGACAGAAGAGCAGAUAAACCAUGGACAAGACUAUCAGCAGCUGAUAAGGCAGCAAUUCGGAAAGAGCUAAAUGAAUACAAAAGUAAUGAAAUGGAAGUACAUGCAUCAAGUAAACAUUUGACAAGAUUUCACAGGCCAUAGAAAUUUUCUUCUGAGAAGAAUCUGCCCUUACUUUUUGAUAUUGCUGCUGAACACACGUUGGGGAAUCAUCUUUCCCUAAUGUUCAGUCCUGGAUACCUUGAUGUUUAUGAGAAAGGAGGACUGCGGAUGAAAACUCUGCAGCACUUAAGAGGGAAACACCAGAGAUGUUCGUCGCUUUGAAGCCAGAAGAGCAAUGGCCUGUUGAAUGGGAUUAGCUGCUGAAAAAGACUGAAGUAAAACUACUUGAAAGAACCUACUACUCUCCUUUACCACUUGUUUUAAACUGUUUUGCAGUCUAUCAUGGAAAAGGAGAUGUGCAUGUACAGGCUUUACCAUUCCAAGGCCUCUGACAUAAUGGACAUGACGCACUGUCAUUCAGUAUUACGUUGACAAGACAUUUUGAACUUACCACAAUUAGUUUGUAAGACGCUUAAGUUCAUGUUCUAAAAACUAAUUUAAUGUAUUAUAAUUUCAUUCUUUUUUUAUAUAUUGUCUAACAAACACAGCUGCAAGCAUUUUUGACUCCUGUUACUUUUGUUCCUUAAUUAAAUGACUACUUAU